AUGGAAAAGCUGUUCCACAUGUGGGGUAUAUCUAUGGUGCGCUUUGUGGUGUUACACAAGCACUCUGUGCAACGCAUAAACGGCACAAAGCGUCUCAAUCUCAUACUAACGGACUCAUUUCAAGCAUUUCGUGAGAUUGACAUUGCGUCCGACUCACGUCACAACAACUACAACGAGUAUUACUACAUCUUUCUGCAAGUGCGCGAUGCAGAGAUGCAAUCCCAUCUGCAGCAGAUCUUUGCAUAUUGUUGGGCGAACUCUAUGAUUAACUGCAGUGUACAGACACAAAAUGCUCGUGGUGAAAUAAUGGUCUACUCGUAUUUUCCUUAUACGGAUCACUUUUGCGGUAGCGUGGAACCUUCGCUUAUAAGUCGUUUCAAUGGCACACAUUUCCUGAAUCCGACAUUAUUUCCACGCAAGUUAAGGAAUUUCCAUGGCUGUGUCUUGCGCGUCGCUAUUCGACACAUACCACCUUUCACCUACUUGCAUACGGAUGAGCGGGGUGUCAGCCAUGUUGUGAGCGGCAUCGAAGGCCAUUUGUUGCGUCAGCUGAGCGGAAUAUUAAAUUUCACAAUAGAAGUUAAAGUGCCACCCGAUAAUAUAUUUCAGUUUGGCGCUAUUAGAAUGUUGCAAAACGGCGAAGCCGAUAUGGGUUUGGGUGCUUUCCGUCAGAGUCCCGCACUGCUGGAUAUUGUUUCAGCCGUCAGCAGCUAUUACCAGACGCGUCAGAUUUUAUGCGUCUCGAAGGAGGCAUAUAUUUUGAAUUCCUUAGAGCAGUUAAUAUUUCCCUUCGAUGCGAUUACAUGGUCACUCAUUUGGAGCACGUACCUCUUAUGCUGGGCUUUGUCCGCUGUGUUGAGCAAAUGUUGCAAGCAAAGUUUGGAGAAGAAUGUGCAGCCGUUCUUGAACUCCCUAUCCAUUCUACUUGGCAUGCCAAUAACACAUACGCCAAUGUGCCAUUAUGGGCGCCUACUAUUCAUCAUCUGGUUAUGCUUUACCCUACUGAUACGUGCCGUUUACCAGGGUGUACUGUUCACUUACGCACAUCAUGAUACGAUGGCGACUUUGCCGUCGAAUUUGGAUGAGCUUGUUGCGCGCAAUUUCACAGCCGUUAUAUCGUUUUACAAUCGUGGUUUACUAACUAAUGUGGAGCUUUUGAGAAUACUACCAACAAUUACGACAACGGGAUUGGAUGGCUUGAGCGUCUUCGAUUAUGUAAGACAAGUCUCCAAACGGAAUUAUGUCGCGAUUGUAACUCAAGAUUUCUUGCGUUACUACAAGAAGCAGCACAAUAAGACGGAUUAUUUUAUGAUUUUGAGCAAUGAUUUCAUGAAUUUUCAAAGCACCAUGUAUUUAGCAAAGCAUUCAUUCUUGAUUGAUCAGUUUGAGCAGGAAAUUUGGCGGAUACGCUCGGUGGGCUUGGUGAAGGGCUGGUAUCAGCUAGAGUUGAGCGAUAGAAAUGAAGAUCCAAAUCAGGUAGAUGUCAUCGCUUUGGAAGAUAUUUAUGUCAUCUUUGUAGUGCUUGGUAUAGGCUUAGGCUUAGCAAUGUUGGUUUUUGGCUUGGAGAUUUUGUCACUUCGUGUAAGAAUUCUAAGAAGACUCCUUUCGAAAAUAUAA